GCAUAACUGCGCAGUCUCUUCCUCAAAAUAAAAACCUGCAAGUCCUUUCCAUGUCUUUCCCCUCAUUAUAUCUGACCAUCACACCAGCUCAGUAACGCUAACGAGCCCCUAAACUAAUCAUGGCUGCCACUGGUGCACUCCCUGGCCUUUUCUUCUGCUUCGCUGCUAUGGUUCUUCUUAUAUUCGUCUCUGUUUCUGCACCUGUAUGGGAUCGCAUAUCGUUUCUAAAUACGAAUGUGGGCGGAAGCUCUCUGCAAUUUGGUGUGUUCGGUUACACCGGUUCACAGAGAACAGUAGGAUACUAUUUUCCUACGAACAACUCUCAAAUAAACACGAAUGUCAUCCACAACCUGACCUACGUCCUCAUCCUAUAUCCCGUAGCAGCGGGACUCUCAGGCCUCUCAGUCCUUUUUGGCAUAUGCGGAGCAUCUUAUCACAGAGCAGGCACCGUAUUCAUGUCUCUCCUAGCCGCGCUAGCAACCCUAUGCACCCUCGUCGCAUGGGUCAUCUCAAUGGCACUCUUUGGAAUUGUUCGCGAGCGUCUGCGAGGUGAUGGCAUACAAGCCAACUGGGGAAAUGCCAACUGGCUUGCACUUGGUGCUCUCGUCUCGCUGCUUGUUGGGUUCUGCGCUUCCAUUUGUGGGGUCUUUGGCAAUUACAGGAGGAAGAGAACUUUCUAGAAGGCUAGCAGGUUGACAGGCUUGGUUUCAAGUUACUUGGACCAAACGAUAACUUUACGAAUGGAUUUCACGAAUUUGAACGACGCUUUUUUUGCUCCUGCCCAGCUGUAUCAACACCUGCCUUGUAUCGCUGCUUUCGUUUUGGACUUGGCCUGACUGGCAUAUCUUAUUAGGAAAUUUCGUUCAUUUUAAGAUACCCUUUGGAUGUUGACUUAUGUUUUUUACGAUCUGUCCCGUGUAUUUAUCUUAUAGUCCAUAAACUAGCUAGCUAUAAAUCAAUUAUUGCUGUUCGUCAUGCU